AUGAAUCUGAGAUAUUUCUUAAAAUCGAUAGUUCACGCACACGAAAAGUCUUGGGAUUUUGACACUCAUUUGCAUCUGAACAAUCGAAAUCAAGAAGAUAUUACUUUGAACCGAAUCAGACUCUUGAAAACUCGGAGUGAAUCUUCCGUGUCCCACAGCAAUCGAGCAAAUAUGGAGAGAUCAUCAUUAUCAUCAUCUGAUCAGGUUAAAGAGGUUGAUUGGAUCAGCAAACUCCCUGACGAUGUAUUGCUCAUGAUAUUGUCGAGACUUUCCACACAAGAAGCGAUAAGGACGAGUCUUGUGUCCAAAAGAUGGGAAGACGUGUGGAAGCACAUAUCUCAUCUAGUCUUGGACAUGUCAAGGAUUAUCAAUUGCAAAGAGCCGCUUGAUGGUUCCAAUCGAGUUGCUACAUUGAUGACUAAGGUUAUAAACAAUCACCGUGGACAUCUAGAGAGCUGCGAAAUCCACCAUUACUCAUACCAAAGUGUAAAUGGAAUGCUCAAUACUUGGAUUCAAGCACUGACCAGCGUGAAACACACCAAAGUUCUCACACUUGAACACCACUUUACACACCCUUCUUGUCGAUUGGAUAUGGAUGGAAGGAAAGUCAGCGGAUAUCUUGACGACAUUUCCCCAAACGUCUUCUCCCAUCCAAGCCUUAAGUCACUCUCACUACAUUCAUACAUUCUCAAAAGCUCAUAUCCCUUGAGCUACUGCCCGAAUCUCAAAACCCUCAAACUCUUAUGUAUUGUGGCCUCCGAUGUUGGAGUCUUUAACAGAGUACUCGCAUCUUGCCCUUCUCUCGAGGUGCUCGUAUUAAAUAUUAGUUGCUCAAAGAAAAUUGGGGGUCCUUUAAAGAUUGAGAACAGCAAAUUAAAGCUCCUGGAAGUGAUGUGUUCCAUAAAAAUUGAUGGCAUUAGAGUGUCAGUAGCUAGUCUAGAUAUCCUCGCCAUCUAUAGGAACUCUCUCAGGAGAGAUGAAUUUUCCCUCACGGCCCCCAAACUCCAGUUUAACAGAAACUUUUGGGUUGCAGGGAGAUUCUUCCGUCACAUCAGCUACAACAUAUCAGAGGAGAAAAUUGUGCAUGAAGAAUUUGUCAACUUGUUUGGAGAGUUGGCAUGGACUGCAUCCUUGUCGGUGAGUGUUGAUUUAAUGAAUCUGACACAAGUUGAGAGGUUACGACAAGUCUUGCGUUUAUGGAAUACUCAUCAAAUGUUAGAGCUCGAGAUCUUAUUUAAGAAUAACGAUGCUCCUAGGAAAGAAGGUGAGUCUUGUUCGCAGAAGAAGUUGUGGGAGGAGAAUAAUAACAACGAUCCGUUCCCCAAUGCUGAAUUCCGCGUGAGCACUGUGUGGAUGCAUAACUUCAGCGGCUCAGAAGAGGAGUUUGCCUUUGCGUCAUGUUUGAUUAGGCAAGGUACUGUGCUAAACAAUAUGAUGAUCAAGUCAACCUCAUUUCCCGCCACGAAGAAGUUAAAGAUAGAAGCGGCAGUGGCCAAGCUACAGGCACUUCAAACAACAGAAGAUCAAUGGGACCUUGUCAUCACAUGUUUCUAG